AUGAAGUCUAAUCUGACCGAAGAUCCGAUGUACAAGCCGACGAUUGAGAAAUCUGCCGUCGGCAACGACGCUGGGUUGAAAGCGAGAAUAUCAUUGUUCGAUGGAAUUAUGGUUGUUGUUGGGUGUAUCAUCGGCAGUGGGAUCUUUAUUUCGCCUAAGGGUGUUCAUGAAAAUGCCGGAAGUGUUGGUUUGUCGCUGAUCAUCUGGGUAGCCAGUGGACUGUUUUCAAUGAUGGGCGCCUAUUGUUAUGCAGAACUAGGAACGUUCAUAACGAAGAGCGGCGGCGAUUACACUUAUGUGUACAGCGCGUUUGGUCCAUUUCUGGCAUUCAUUCGCCUCUGGAUCGAAGCUAUCAUCGUGAGGCCAUGCACUCUAACCGUGGUCGCACUUACCUUUUCCAUUUAUAUUCUGCGACCGUUUUACCCAAACUGUGAUGCUACGUACCCGGCACCGCAGAUGAUGGCUGUCGUUUGCUUGUUGCUCCUGACAAUGGUGAAUAUUAUCAGCGUCAAGUGGGUGGCUUACGUACAGAAUGUCUUCACGGUUGCGAAGCUGCUUGCGCUUGCCCUCAUCAUCCUCACGGGCAUUGCUUUAUUGUUCACUGGCGGAGAUCAUCUGACGAAUUUUCAAGCUCCAUUUGAAGGCACGGUCACGAACCCAGGAAAAAUAGCUCUGGCAUUCUAUUCUGGACUUUGGGCAUAUAACGGAUGGAACUACUUGAAUUUCAUUACGGAAGAAUUGCAAAAUCCCAUAAGAAAUUUGCCGAUCGCCAUUGCUACCAGCAUAACCAUGUGCAUCAUCGUCUACACGUUGACAAAUAUCGCAUUUUACGCCGGUCUGAGCAGCGACGAACUGUUGGAAAGUACAGCCGUUGCAGUGACGUUUGCCAACCGCUACUACGGCGUUUUCGCCUGGACCAUGUCCAUCUUCGUCGCCAUGUCAUGCUUUGGCGCCGUUAACGGUAUUCUGUUGACGUCAUCGAGGCUGUUUUACGUUGGAGCCCGAGAGAAGCAGAUGCCUGAAUUCCUGUGCAUGAUCAGUACGUACGACACACCAAUUCCAGCCGUUCUCUUUACGAGUUUUCUAAGCUUUCUGUUCCUCAUCUUAAGCGACAAUAUAAUGUCGCUAAUUAAUUGCGUUCAAAUCGUUACGUGGCUGGCAAUCGGUUUGGCAACUGCUGGCCUGCUUUACCUUCGACGUAAAAUGCCUCCAAAGGACUUCCCCCGACCUAUCCAGGUAAACAUUCUGUUUCCUAUUGCGUUCCUGAUAGGUUCGAUCUUCUUGGUUGUUUUACCGAUUGUCACCAAACCUGCGGAUACCUGUAUGUGCAGAUUUUUCGUUCUGAAUUGUUACGCUGAAAACAUUUUUUCCGACUUUGCCAUAACCUUUCAUUGUCAUAAAGUAAAGACUAAAAAGGCUCUUCAUAAAAUUUCUGCAUAAGC